AUGACCUUGAAGCCAUUGACCCAUCCCAAGCCAGAAGCCACCAAGUCGACCUCGAAGCCAGUCGACCUCGAGUCGAAGCCACCAAGUCGACCUCCAGUCAAGCCACCAAGUCGCCCUCGAAGCCACCAAGUCGACCUCGAAGCCACCAAGUCGACCUCGAAGCCACCAAGUCGACCUCGAAGCCACCAAGUCGACCUCGAAGCCAUCAAGUCGACCUCGAAGCCACCAAGUCGACCUCGAAGCCACCAAGUCGACCUCGGAGCCACCAAGUCGACCCCAAAGCCACCAAGUCGACCCCAAAGCCACCAAGUCGACCCCAAAGCCACCAAAUCGACCUCAAAGGCACCAAAUCGACUUCGAAGCCGGCAAGUCGACCUCGAAGCCACGAAGUCGACCUCGAAGACAUCAAUUCGACCUUUGGAAACCACCAUGAGUCCCGUUCUGCGACAAGUUCGUGUAUGGCUGUGCAAGUCAAAACACGGGUUGUUUUGGACAAUGGCAUCAGCACGGGUGUUGGUGGUGCGUGGGUCACUGUUGCUGAAUGCUGUACUGGUGCUGUACCUGUGCCUUGCCUGGCUGGCCACCACACCCACCCACCCCAACCUGCCGGCCGAAGGUGUCUCCCUCCAGUUGUCCAGCCUUCAGGAUGCAGAUCAGGGUUCUUCCCCUCUGGACUUACCACCACUUGCUGUCUUGGUCAAUAACUUUGAUGAGGCUGAAGUUAGGGACAUAUCCCUUGGUGGGCGGCGAACCCUAGGGCAGUUACCAGAGCAGGUUGGAGGUGUGGAACAAGUUCCGAAAGCAAGUAUAGAACAAGUGCCUCAGGUAGGUUUAGAGCAGAUGCCACACAGUGGAGGUGUGGAAGCUGGUGGAGGAGAACCAGAGGAGCCACCCAGGGAGGUACAAGAGAGUGUGGGGGUGACAGAGCAGCUUGUUGUGGAGCCUCUGGCCAUGGAGCCCCUUGAUCCGCCAUUGGAUUCACAAGAGCACAAGAUAUAUCCUGACCUGCGGGACUGUACCACCAGACCCCAACGCCCGUUUUACUAUCAGCGGGGUGACUACUGGGUCCUGGAGAAUUACAUCCCUGCAGCUCUUUCCUUCCGCUGUGAUGAGUCCAUCACCUACACCACCCAUGCUGACUACACCUUCCUUGACAACUUGGAGCCCCUCACUUCCCGCUGGCAGGGUCCCGUGAGUGUGGCAGUAUAUGCACCUGGAACUGAUUUUAAUGCGACUCUCAACACUAUCCUCUACCUCCGUGACUGCUGGGCCGAGGGCAUAAAAAAAUAUGUCACUUUCCACCUCUUCUUUCAUGUCUCCCACACGCCUAAGAAGGUACCAUCCACUGAUGAACUUUUAAAAAGGAAGACUGACUGUGCACUGGAGCCCCCUCGCUGGACUAAUGUUACUACAUACAGACAACAGAGGAAAUUGUUAUAUCCUGUCAAUGUAGCAAGAAACACUGCAAGACAAGCUGUUCAAACUUAUUUCGUGUUCCCGUCUGAUGUGGAGUUGUAUCCUUCCAUUAACUUCAUUACAGAAUUCUUCAAGAUGCUCAAACAACCUGAUAAAUCCAAUACAACCAGUCCAAGAGUUUAUGUCUUCUCUAUUUUUGAAGUUAAAGAAAACAUAUCUGUGCCAGAAACAAAAACUGACCUUCAGAAAUUACUGAAAAAGGGGGAUGCCAUUCCAUUCCACAAGCACGUGUGUUCUAAGUGUCACAACGUACCAAUGUCAAAAGAAUGGAUUUCAGCUCCCGUGCAACCAGGCAUGUCUGUAUUUCACAUUGGGAAAAGAAAACCACCUUUCCAUAAGUGGGAACCAAUCUAUAUUGGAACCAACAAAGAACCUUUAUAUGAUGAGCGGUUAUCCUGGGAGGGCAAAAGUGAUAAAAUGACACAGAUGUACAUCCUGUGUGUUCGUGAUUAUGAGCUCCACAUCCUUGACAAUGCAUUCCUGGUCCACAAGCCUGGCAUCAAGAAAUUACACAAAGACCCAUUUAGAGACAGGAUUGUGGCCAAGCAGAACAGUGCCAUUAGCAGUAAGAUCCUCCCUGAGUACAAGACAGUGUUUGGUACCCGAAAGAGCUGUGUUAUUUGAUCUAAAUUAUUAAUUAUUUUAAAAUUUCAAAUGAGUUUUCAUGAAUAUGAUAUAAUUAAUAAUGUGUGCAGCAAAAUGAAGUGCAAAGGUGUAAGUUAUUUGACGUUCUCGAUUAGUCACACAAUUCUUAGAAAAAGGAUUGACAAAAUUUUCAAAGAACCUUUCUCAAGUGCCGGUAGGCUUUUGCUUUAAAAUAAAACCUUCUUGGAUAUUAUUUGUAGCUAACCAUAUCAAGAGCUCUGUGAUGCAAACAUAGUAUUAAGGUGUAGGUUAUAAGAUAACUGUGAUUCAUAAUGCAUAUGCAUGUAUUUAUAAAAUAAGUAUUAUUAGUAGAGUUAUGUUAUGUGGUGGUUUAUGUGAAAAAAAAUAAUAAUACAUUCUGUAAGGGGUCACUGAUACUGUAGUGUUGUUUGAGUUGCCAUUAAAUUUUUUAUUUCAGUUAUAAUUUGGAUAAGAGAUUUAAAGUUU